AUGUGUCACGACAAAAAUCAGGUCACUACGACCUCUGGCAACCGGCAGCAAGAGAUCCACAGCAGGCAACUCAUCGAGCCUGACGUGAGUGUCGAGGACCACGACGCGCUUCUCGACCUCGCCCACCACGCGCUCAGCGACCUCAUUCUGAGCGCCCGUCUUGACAAAGGUAGCAGCCUCCCGUGGGCGCCGCUGGCGUCGUACCCGUCCCAGACAAAAGUGUACAUGGCGAGCGACCCUCUGGUACGCGACGCGUUCUAUGCGGGCGAAACAACGCUCGACAUGCCGCUCGAGGACGCGAUCGCUUUCUUCCAAGUCAACGAGAGUUGCGAGUACCUCGACCACGCGCGCUUGUUGGCGCGCAAGGCGACAGACGCGUGCGUGUUGAGCCCGCUGAGCAGCGGCAGCUGCUACGACCCUUACCACUAUGUCGGCUUGCACUGGAUGGCGCUGCCACCGUCGUCGAGUCUCUUUCACCACCGCGACAUCUGCUACCUUGAAGCCCACGACGCAUUCGACAUGAGCGGCACCCGUGGCUGGGCGUGCGUCGCCACGUCGGUGCGCAUGCCUUGGUUUCCGUGCCUCGAGAAGAGUCACCAGCUGCUUCGCGCGACGAUGCGCCGGUCGGGGUACGUGCUCACAGAGCUCAGUGCAAGUACGACCCGCGUCGUGCACGUCAUCAACAUUGACAUGGGCGGCCACAUGCCCUCGGUGCUUGUGGGCAAGAUGCUCAAGAAGCAGGCUGCGUCAGUGGCGCAGCUCGCGCACCGCAUCCGGACACGAGGCACGACGGUCAUGUCUCCGCCGUCGACGCAUUCGCACUGCGCGUCGUGCCACACCAAGUUCCACUGCCUCAAGACCAAGGUCGAGUGCCAUCGGUGCGGCGACACAGUCUGCAAGCGCUGCAUUCUCGUCAACGUCCAGUGCAAGAACUGCUGCUACGGCCACCCCGACCGCGUGCGGGCGCCGACGUCUCCCGACAACAACAAGGUCGCGCAUCGCCAAACGAGUCCAUCGACGGUCAUCGCCGAGGAAGACGACGACGAGGACUUGUCUCUGCUCCGCGUUGGCACGGAGGCGCAACCGUUGCGACGGACGUUCGUCGAAGGCGGUCGGUUCGACAGCCACGUCAGUGCCGUAUCCGGAUACUCUAUCUAA